UAUAAGUUUAUCAAAACGAUUACAAUCUCCCGAUCCCAAAAAUGAAAAAAAUGAAAAAAUAAGUGGACCUGUUAUUAUUAAUAUGCAAAAAGCUUUUUAUGAUUUAAAAAUUUCCGAUAUAAAUAACAGAAUCCAGAGAUAAUUGUGAAGAGAUAAAUUUACUUCUAAUUUCAACGGAUGCAGAAACUGCAAAUGAAAUUACCCAAUUGACACAAAAUUUGUCUAACGAAGUAACAAAAUUAGAAGAAAAUAAGAACACACUGAGUAUUCUAGAGGAAGGGAUAGUAAAUGAUAAAUUUUCUCAUAUUGACAAAAUGAAUUCUUUAAAUGAUAAAUAUGCAAGAAAACGUUUAGAAUUAAUAUCAUUAAUUAAACCAUUAAGUAAUUAUUUUUAAUAUUAUUCUAUUUCUGUAUUUCUUUACAUAAAUAUGAAUACUGAAGCAACAAUAUAUACAACUUUAGAAUACAUUAUUAGAUGCAAAGAUAAAUAUGUUGGAAGACUAUAGAAAGUCACAAUCAGUUCUUCAAGAAAAAUUAGAAAAUAAAAACAUUUUUAUGCAACAGGAGGAAGAAAAAGUGGAACAACAAAUACAACAAAUUCAAUUGAAAUUUAAAUUUGACAGAGAAAAGUAUAUAUCAAUUAAACAAUUAUUAUUCUCUAAUUAAGAGAUUUAUACUAAUAUUAAUAUAGGCUUAAAAAGGACAUGUAUAAUCGCCUUCUUGAUUCAGCUGGAAUUUUUCAAAUGGAAAUUUCUAAAUGUAUACAAGAACCUAUUCAUAAACUUAUAAGAGAAAAUAUUAUGUUAAAUAAUUAUUUAACUGAAAUUAUGAAUGGAAGUCUUGCUGAAAAAGAAAUAUUUAAAAAUUCCAAAUAUAUGAAGGAUGUACUUCUUAAGAAAAAUAAAUUAAGUUAUUUAGAUACCAGAUAUAAUAUAAAAGUUUCUAAAAUUCAAAAUCAUCUUUUGAAAUCCUUAAAAGAAGUCCAUAGUGAUAUAGAAAGACAUUUAAUUAAUUUCAAGGUUUUAAGUCCUAAUCUAGAGAAAGAUUUGAUUAAUAGAGAUUAUGCACAAAAACAAACCAAUAUUUCUGAAGCACAUGUAAAAGAAUUGGAAAUAAUGUUGUACAAAGAGAGGAUAGAAAUUAGUACUUCAAAAUAUAUACGAAAAAAGAUACAAUGUAAAAUUAAAAAAUGUAGGGAAACACUUUAUGAUGUUAAAUAUGCUGUACUAUGUGCACUACAGAUGACAAAUAGUGACUCUAAGUUUGCACAAAUGGAUAAAAAAAGUUUGUUGCUACAUUUACAAAAUAUUAUUAUAGAAGGUGAAGCCUACAUGUCAAAUAUUAUAAUUAAAUCGAUGGAAUCUAUACUGGAAUCAAGUAAUGUGUACAUCUAUGGAGAUCUUGGAUUUGAACCAACAUCUAUUAAAUUAAGAGAAUCGACUCAGAUAGUAGAAAAUGAAAUAUUUACACCGAUCAUCUCUGAAACUUUUAGUAUAAAAGAACUGGAAGAACAAUCAAAAGAAGAUUUAAUAAAAGAUAAAAGUUUAACUAUAUUCGAGGCACCAACAGUUAAAGAACUUAUUGAAACUAAAUUUUCAAGUGCAGAGGAUUCAAUUUCUGAAGAAUUUGAAGUGACAGGAAUUGACAAUGAUGAAAUUUAAUAUGACUGAAAAUAGUCGAAAUUUAAUAUGUAUAAAAAAUGUUAUCAUAUAAAUAUAUGAUAAAAUAAAUUUAUAUUGAAAUUA